AUGUCUUCACCCCCAAGCAAACAACGCACCUAUUCGGGCGAGUACGAGUACGAGCCGUGGGCGGAGGAGCGCCGCGAGAGAAUCCGACGGCGAGAGGCGAUUAUCAAUGCCGUUCCCAUCGCCCCCUCCCCCGCAUCCGCCGCUAAAGCAUCUCCACGCGCAUUGGCCGCCGCACGAGCCAGCGCUGGCGGACUGACGGGCGCGAGCGGCGCAGCGGAGGAGCUGAGCUCGCCGUCGAAGAGCAAGGAGGGGAAGGAGGGGAAGAGCGCGGAGAGGCGAGACACGUGGGGGGGCGAAAGCAGCGUUGCGCGGUCGAUUGCUCGCCCUAUGACGUUCCUGCGGAGCGUGGCGCGCUUUUACUGCACCAUCUUCUUCCUCUUCCUCCUCCUCACCGCCUGCCAGGUGUAUUUCAUGUGGACGGAGGAGCUGGGGGCGCUGGAGGUGUCGUCCACGGGCCUCUCAUCGCUUCUCAACGCGAGCAAGCCAGCGAAGCUCACGCGGCGAGUCGUGCUCUCCACCAUGGCGCGAGACAUCAUGGACCUGCAAGCCUCCCUCACGGCCAGCAUGGCACAGCUACAGCAGCAGCAGGCAGCACUGGCCAAUCAGACAGCCCAGUCAAUGCAGGCCUUGGAAGCGCGGGUGACAGGUGGCAGCAGGCGAUUGGUGGACUUCACGCGGGCCAUGGGGGAGAAGCAGGCGGGGGAGGUGCAGGGCGUGCGCGCGCGCGUGGAGGAGAUGGGGAGAGUGCUGGCCAAGCAGGGCGAGAUGCUGGCGGAGCAGAUGGCUGCUGUCACCGCGCUCAAGGCGGACCUGGAAAUGCGCAAGGCGGCAGUCACCCCUCCCAGCAACUACACGCUCUACUACAUCACCGACGACCACCCUGACCUCUGGCGCCAACGCUCCUUCCGCCGCUAUGCCUCCUACGGAUUCGUCAAGUUCAGCGCCUACCGUGUGUCCCCAUCGCGCAUAGCCAUCCUGGGCCUGUCAGCCCUGGCGCUGCAUGGAGCGCACCGGCUGUCGUUCUGCGAGUGGCAUAGCGUGGAUGGGUCUGUCAUCCCGGGCGUGCUCGAGAUGAUCUAUGUGGGCGAGCACCAUAACUUCCUGUACGAGACGGUGGUUCUCAACUGUCUGUUGGAAUCACCUGUGCAAUCACCUGGGGGCUACCUGAAGGCGCGCAUCAACUCGGAGAUCCUCUAUCCCUUCAGGGAAUCCAAGUCAGAGGUACACACAGGGGCAUGUGUGGGGUGCACGGGGUGCAGGCAUGAGGAGGUGUGUGUUGGGCUGUCUUGUGAAAAGCACUCCCCUUGCCACCCCCACGGCCCCUGCCUGUCCUUCUGUGGGCCACGCCACCCAUGUACGGUGCUUCUGUGGGCCACGUCACCCAUGUACGGUGCUUCUGUGGGCCACGUCACCCAUGUACGGUGCUUCUGUGGGCCACGCCACCCAUGUACGGUGCUUCUGUGGGCCACGCCACCCAUGUACGGUGCUUCUGUGGGCCACGCCAUCCAUCCCAUCUCGCCCCCCGCGGCCCCCUUCAAGCACAAGCUCUGUUUCUGUGGGCCGCCCAUGUACGGCACCAUGGAGCCAAGGGUCCUUUUAGAGUGGCUUGACUACCACCGCGUGUACGCCGCCGCAGACCAUUUCAUUUUCUAUGAUGCGGGGGCCGUGGGCGUGGCGGUGCGGCGCGCGCUGCAGGGGUACCUGGCAGGGGGCGUGGUGGAAAUCACAGAGUUUCGGGAGGCGCAGCAGUGGGACACGUGGCUGUAUGGGCAGUCACUGGCAAUUCAGGACUGCAUGUACCGGUCGCGCCGAACAGCCCAGUGGGUGUUCAUGCAGGACUUCGACGAGUUUCUGGAACUGCUGCCCCCCCUCACCAUGCCGGCACUGCUAGACAACUACCACGACCGCCCCUGGAUCACCUACGGCUGCACCGUCUUCAACAUGUCCUUCUGUGUCGACACUCCCCGCGACGCCUCCACUGCCUCGAAUCCCAACCGCCGAUCCGGGGACCUUCGCGGCGGCGCCGCCGCUGGUGGUGGUGGUGGGCGGAGGGUGCAUAUGGAGGGGCUGCUUAUAGAGAGGAUGCAUUUCCGUUGGCCGCACGUGUACUGCAUGGACACACAAAAGUACCGCCCCGAGCACUGUUUAGACCAGGAGGGGCACCGCAAAUACAUCCUCAACCCACGCAAAGUGCAGGCCGCUCAGAUCCACAUCGUGGUCAAAACAGAAGACACAGACAGGGGCACGGGAGCUGGUGGAGGGGAAGGUUCGGGGGAGGGAUCAGGGGAGAGUGUGGGGGAGGGAGUGGAUAUGGAUACAGACGACAUGCGGCUGGCUCAUUACAGGGGCCUGGCCACUAAGGGGUCGCGGAUGUGCGAGCUGGGGGAGCCCAAGGACUGGUGGAUGCGGUACGAUAGGGUUGGGAGGAUUGCCGCUGCCGUGUGGAACUGCCCGCUCGUCGCCAGUAACCGCCAGGCAUGCACACCCAGUGGCAUCGCCACUACACUUGCAGCUACAGCCGACUCCCCCCCUUCCACCCGCCCGCAGUGA